AUGUCUGAAUCCGCUGCCUGGCCCCUUGCCGACGAUGCUCUUCAGCAAGAGCUCCUGGACAUGGUCCAGCAGUGCCAGCACUACCGCCAGCUGAAGAAGGGCGCCAACGAGGCUACCAAGACCCUCAACCGUGGUGUCUCUGAGCUCAUCAUUCUCGCUGCGGACACCAACCCUCUCUCGAUCGUUCUCCACCUUCCCCUCCUUUCUGAGGACAAGAACGUCCCCUACGUUUACGUCAAGUCCAAGACCGCUCUUGGCCGUGCCUGCGGUGUCUCCCGCGCCGUUAUUGCUUGCAGCAUCACCUCCAACGAAGGCUCUGAGCUCGCCGGCCCCAUCCGCGCCCUCAAGGACAAGAUCGAGAGACUCGCCAUCUAA